AUGAACGGUGAUCUCAGCUGGGCGCCCAUCUCAGAACCUGCCAAUGUCUUGGAUAUUGGCACCGGAACUGGUAUCUGGGCGAUUGAGUUUGCAGACAAGAACCCAACAUCGAACGUCGUAGGCACCGAUCUGAGUCUCAUCCGGGCCCAGGAUAUCCCACCGAACUGUGAAUUCUUUCGCGCAGAUGCCGAAGAGAACUGGAUUUUCGACUAUUCUUUCGACUAUAUUCACCUGCGCCUUAUGAAUACUUGUUUUGACGACCCGAAAGGAAUGGUGAAGAAAAUAUUUGAUCACCUCCAACCUGAUGGAUUGAUCGAAUAUCAGGAGUUCUGCUUUGAGCAGAUCGCCGCAGAUGAAGCCAGCGAGCUGGCCAUCCAGAACAAUGCACAAAGCCACCAGGCAACGGAGCGGCGGACUAACAGGUCACAUCUUUCUAGGUUGAACCCAUGGCCACUUGAUCCUAAAGACAAGCAAAUCGACAUGUACUCGCAGCACAACCUCACGGAAGCCACGCGAAGUACCUGUAAAUUCAUGAAGGCGCUGGGCAUGACAGAAUCUGAGAUAGAUUCCUUCCUAGAUGGCGUUGGAAGCAGCAUAGCAGACACAAGUGUGCACUCGUACACACCUUGGUAUGUGGUUUAUGGGCGGAAACCGAUCGAGGGAAGGUCUGCGAAUGUCAAAUGA